AUGAAGGUUCUUGCUAUUCUUCUCGCUAUCGUCGCUGUCGCCGUCAAUGCCUAUCCAGGAGGAUACGGAAGACCAUCUGGAGGAUAUGGGCCACCAUCUGGAGGAUAUGGAGCUCCAGGAGGUGGAUAUCAAAACCAAGGAGGAUUCGACGGUGGUGCUCAAUUUGGAGACCAAUGA